ACCCAUUUAAGUCGCCAGAGUAGAGAGAGAAACUACUGCGCCCAUUCCCAUUUGGAUCUCUCUCUACGCAGGGGAGCCAAAAGGGGAACAGCACGCCACUCUCCAUUUCUUCCUUUCUUUCUCUUUUUAUUUGUUCUCCUAGAUCUGCAUAGAAGUCUUAUUUUUCUUUUGAUUUUCUUUUCUUUUUCUUUGGAUUUUACUUUCUUUGGUUGAAAUCAAAUGGCAAGGAGACCAGAUGAUGAGUAUGAUUAUCUUUUCAAGGUGGUUUUGAUUGGAGAUUCAGGUGUUGGGAAGUCUAAUCUUCUCUCUAGAUUUACCAGAAAUGAGUUUUGCCUUGAAUCCAAGUCCACUAUUGGGGUUGAGUUCGCUACUCGAACUGUUCAGGUUGAGGGCAAGACUAUAAAAGCACAAAUUUGGGACACAGCUGGGCAAGAGAGAUACAGAGCAAUUACAAGUGCAUACUAUCGUGGAGCAGUGGGUGCAUUGCUUGUUUACGAUAUAACAAAGCCUACCACCUUUGAGAAUGUUGGGCGUUGGCUAAAGGAGCUUCGAGACCAUGCCGACUCCAACAUAGUGAUAAUGCUUGUUGGUAAUAAGUCUGAUCUCAAGCAUCUUAGGGGUGUGGCCACUGAGGAUGCUCAAGGCUUCUCUGAGAAAGAAGGAUUAUCAUUUUUGGAGACCUCAGCUCUUGAUGCUACCAAUGUGGAGAAAGCUUUUCAAACCAUAUUGGCUGAAAUUCAUCGCAUAAUUAGCAAGAAGGCCCUUGCUUCUGAGGAGGCGGUGCCUACUGGAAUCAAAGAGGGGAAGACCAUUGUGGUCACCGAUCAGGGGGCAACAACAACGAAAAGAGCAUGUUGCUCUUCUUCAUGAGAGGUUUAGACAUGGUGGACUAGAGACUUUUUUCGCAUUCUGGUUCUAUUCUUAUUUGUUUUCCUAUCCUGGGGUUCACGUAUUAUGUUAUUCUUUGUUUUUUCUUUUUCUUUUCCUUGGAUUUUAUGGUCUAUCUUUCUGGGGGCAUUUUGUUGUUUCUAUUUUCGUUUUGUGAGUGUGUGUGUAUGUUUUUCCACCAUCUCUUUUCUAAAUUGUAGGGAUAGGCUGCUGUUUUCUAUAGAAUGAGUUCCUUGUGAAAGCAAAUUUUCUUCUUUGUAGACAUACCUUGUUCUUGUAGCUUCAUUUGCUUAAACCCAACUAUGAUGU